UUCUGUUUUGUAUUUUUCUUUUUCACUAGAUAUGCCUGCAGAUGAUUACGAUUGAUUCAAUCUGCCAUCUCCAGAGACAAAGCAUCUUGGCAAAGCGCUUCACUCCUCCGUCAGUGUGAUUAGCCCCUCAGGAACGUGUGUGUGACCUGAGGUAGAGCCAGCGGCACAGAGAGAAUCAUGGAGAGAAAUGCAUCCUUACCGCUCAACUCCACCUCUAUCCCGACUCUGUUCCCCUUCAAUGUAACCGCUGACAUCAACGCCACAGUGAAGCCCUUCAGUGUGUUUGACGGCUGUGAUAAUCAGGUGGAGGGCAUCCUCUUUGACCUAACCAUUCAAUGCAUCAACGUAGUUGUCGGAAUCCCUGCAAACAUACUUGUCAUUGCAAUCCUCAUCCACAACCGCAAAGAUCCCUCCACCUCAGACAUUUUCCUGGGCUGUCUAGCCUUCAUGGACGCCUACUUCGGUGUCAUGACCCCUAUCAUUUUCCUUAACCUUUACCACUGGCAGAGCAAGGGGGUGUGGUCUUCCAUUAAGUUCUCCUAUGGUGUGAAAGACACCAGUGGGCCGUUGUUUCUUUCCUGUAUCUGCCUGGAUCGCUUUAUAGCUGUGAUCUUUCCAAUCAUGUUCGGGCAGCUUAAACACAUAAAGUACAGGUUGAGCCUCACCAUUCUGGUCCUCUGCCUAACCUUUGCUUACUCAGCAGCCAAGGUUGUUGGUGGCUUCCCCAACUUUGAGAAAGUGUUCACCGGUGAGGUCCUGGCAACAUUCAGCUGGAUGGUUAUAUGUAACGGAACCAUCCUGUGGACACUGAAGAAGUCCCGUGGAGCAGGAAAAGAUGAGAUGCACCCCAUGAAGAAAAAGGCCUUCAAGAUGGUGCUCUCCAUCCUUUGUAUCAUCGUGUUUAACUACCUACCACUUGUAGCGCUGUUUCCCUCUGAAGACUACUACACCCCCGAUGGGUUUCGCUGCUAUGUGCAGCCUGUGGGCUUCGCUUUCCUCAACAUCAGUAGCACCAUCCAGCCACUUGUCUAUCUGUCUCGUCUGGAAAAGGUUCCUUUUCUCCCAGAAACCUGUGUGAAGAAGUGGUGCCCCUGCGUCUGUGCAGAGCCCAACAAAACCCCACCUGCUCAAAACCAGCAGCCUUAGCUUUUAAAGAUAUAACACACAUUGAACCUUGGUGAUAAUUUUCCUACAAUGGUUCUAAAGAAAUGUUGCAAUUCAAUACAUUUGUUUUGCUGUGACUGAUCUAAUUUUGAGAUAUUUUUCAAAUGUUUGUUUUUGGUGAAAAGAUAAUUAUGUUAAGUAACAGAAAGCAACCUUAAAAAUAUGCAUCAAGAAUGAGUCAAAGGUGGAAAAUCAACAGUUUA